AUGGAGGAAAAUAUGAAUGUGCAGGACACAGUAGAAGAAUUGAUAGAAAUUGGUAUGGAAAUCGCCAAAAGUCAAAGUUUAGAAUUGUCGAUUAACAGAAAAGAGGAAUUGGUAUUACAGCAUAUCAAAGCGUUUUCAAUGAAGGAAGCGCGGAUCACCGAUUUUCAACCAGGUUUGGAAUGGUUCAAUGUCGCAGAAGGAUUAUCUAUAUAUCAACAUCUUAAAGGAAAAAUAGUUAUUUUGGAUUUCUUUACAUAUUGUUGCAUCAAUUGUAUGCACGUUUUAUCAGAUUUAGAGGUUCUUGAGAAACUGUUUUCAAUUCAGGAUGGCCUUGUUAUUGUUGGAGUACACAGUGCAAAAUUUUCAAACGAAAAAGAUUCAAGAAAAUUAUUGUCAGCAGUACAGAGGUAUAAUAUAAAACAUCCAGUUGUAAAUGACACUAGAAUGUCAAUGUGGCGUUACUUAGGAAUCGUAUGUUGGCCAACAUUAAUAAUGUUAGGUCCUACUGGUGAAUUACUUGCAGUUUUUGUAGGAGAAGGACACAGAGACGAAUUGAUAAUACAUGUAGGCGUAGCGUUAACUUAUUUUAGAUCAUUAAAUAAAAUUCAUACAAAUGAUAUUCCUCUGCAAUUGGCACAACAUUUAUUGCCUCUUGGAAAUGGAAACAUUUUGUUUCCAAGUAAGUUGGAAAUCUUUCAAAAUGAGCAAGGAGAAAGUUUGGUUGUUGCUGAUACAGGCCACAACAGAAUUUUAGUAAUGGAUACUACAGGAAAUGUGCAACACAUUAUUGGUGGUCCUAAUCCGGAUUUCAAAGAUGGAAAUUUUGAAACUGCAAAGUUUAAUGCACCUCAGGGAGUUUCUAUGUUAGGCAGUUUGAUUUACGUAGCCGACACUAAAAAUCACGCAAUUAGGAUGAUAGACCUGAUAAGAAAAAUAGUGAUUACUAUUGCUGGUACCGGUGUUAAAGGUCACGAUUAUGUCGGAGGUAAAAUCGGUAAAGAUCAAGUUUUAGCUUCACCAUGGGAUUUGGCUGUUUAUAAACACGAGCAUGGUAACAAUAUCACACACGUAUUGUUAAUUGCAAUGGCUGGUAAUCAUCAGAUUUGGGCACUCUUCUUGGAAGAUACCAUUUGGUGGAAAAAUAAAAAAUACAAAGAGGGUACUUGUUUGGCGAUAGUAGGAAGUGGCACGGAGGAAAAUCGCAACAAUACGUAUCCUUACUCGGCUGGUUUAGCGCAACCAUCUGGUUUAACUAUUGCCGAAGAACUAAAGAUUGCCGUUUUUGCCGAUAGUGAAAGCAGUACUAUUAGGAGCAUAAAUUUACAAAAUGGACAAGUUGUCGCCAUUUGUGGUGGAAGUAGAAAUCCAUUGGAUCUGCAUGAUUAUGGAGACUUAGACGGUGUAAACUAUGCGGUAAAGCUUCAACAUCCUUUGGGUAUAGCAUGGCAUCCGAAAGAAAAAGUUAUUUAUAUAACAGACACUUACAAUCAUAAAAUCAAGAUAAUCAAUGUAAUCACUAAGCAAUGUAAAACCAUAUAUGGUGGUGGAAUACCACAUGACAACUUUUUAUUCGAUGAACCUAGCGGUAUUGCUAUAAGUCCAGAAAAAGGUCUCUUAUACGUAGCUGACACUAAUAAUCACGCUGUGAAAAUAAUCGAAACGAGAAAGGGAAGCAUUGCUACGAUACCGAUAAAUAUCCCAAUAAUCGAAGAUGAUAAUUACAAGAAUGUUCAUUUCUUCGAUACUACUAUCAGCGAAACAGGCGGUAAAUUAAACGUCUUAUUCAGUAUUAAUUUUUCCGAUCGUGAUUUAAAGUUAAAUUCGGAUGCACCACAGAAGUGGUCUUUAAAUUUGACAACGAGUAAUUCUGGAUGGAUAGCUAUGGAAAAUUCUGGAGAACUUUCAAGUCCAAUAUCUGUAAGAUUUUUAGAAGGACAUGGAACACACGAGGUGCGUGUAAAUUUGGAUAUAGUUGCCUGUAAAACUACCGAGUGUAUAUCAAAAAAAUUGUUAGUAGUGUACCGUGUACAUCAAGUAUCAGAUGCUUCCACUAUUGUAACAGAAAAAAGAAAGGUUAUUGUUAAAUAGUAAAUACAUUUUUAUUUCUAUUUCUCUUUUUUUACCGAAUAUUAAGUAUAAAAUUAUUAAUCAUAUGUUGUAAUUUAACUGUGCAUGUGCGUUACAGAAAUAAAAAUGUACAAACGUUCAUUUAUAAGCCCAA